GCAUAUGAGAUGGGGGGCGUGCUGAAAGGCAAGGACACAGAAAGAGGACGGGAAGGCGGAACGCAUUCAGGGAAAGCACAUAAACAUCGGCGUUCUUACAGCAGUGAAGAGAUGGACGCCUUCAAAAACUUGGCAAAACCGUUACCUUUGGUUGUGGCAUAUAUGUUGGCUUCACUGAUUGGUUGGUCGAUGUGCCAGAAGGGGGCUUGUAUUCUGGACGGGAAACACAAAGCCACCCCGGGUCCAGAACCACACCUGAAAGAGUGCAGACUUUACACCGAGAAUGCCUGCUGCUCAGACAAUGAGAUUCAAGCAGUGUCCAGAGUGGAUGACAUUCCCUGGGGUCGGUGUGGAUCUCUCAGCCCCCGCUGUGAGGCGCUGUUCACGCGCGCGGCGUGUUUCCUCCGCUGCUCUCCGGACGCCGCCCGCUGGCCCCACCCGCUCCAGCCCGCCGCCAUCCAGGGCGUGCCGCUAUGCCACAGCUUCUGCAGAGACUGGUUUGAGGCCUGCAAAGCUGAUCUGACCUGCGCUCCCAACUGGGGGAGCGCAUGGAAAAAGAGUCCUCGGGGAAACAACUGCACUGGAAAAUGUGUGACCUACCAGCAGAUGCAUCAGGACAGCCGUGGCCUGUGCGAGACCCUGUGGGGAGAUGCCUUUGUGACGGUGGAGGACGAGGCGCGGGAGGACAAGGAGGAGGCCUCCUGUGGCUGCCUCACCCUCAGCCCCUCGGACAGGGAGGUCAUCGCCGCCCUGCGGGCACAGGAGGAGGACCCGGACGAGCUCGACACCACCAAGGCAGGCCUGCCCCAAUACCGCGCCCCCUGUCGCCCAAAGAGCCAGCCACCGCAGGGCACCACACUGCCCCCGCAGGCCCAGAGGAGCAGCGACAGCUCCAGCGUACGCAAGCGCUCUCUCUUCGUGGAGGACGUGGAAGGCAGCGGUAGUGGCUUCUAGAAAAUUCUGACAGAAUACAGAGGACUUUAUUGACCCCGGAAGGUAUACCAAUGUCUCCUCAAACUGUAUGUCAUCAAUUCAAGGCCAGUUUUGAGGUAUGGUACGAUAUGGUAUUUGUUCAAAGGCUUCAUGUUGUGAACUACCACCAUUUGUGUGCUCCUUUGUGCGGUGUUGUUAGACUUCUAAAGAAAAACCUAGUUGUAGCUACAAAUGAAUAUACAUGACUGCUUCCAAUGCUCAUUGCUCAAAAAGGUGACAUUAACCAUCUGCAUUCACCUCUGUGUAAGCCACUGCAAGACAGGGUAGAAGAUGAGAUGUAUUUUUAUUGAACCCUGUGGGGUAAUUUGUCCUCUGCAUUUGACCCAUCCUAAUUACUUAGGGGCAGUGGGCAGCCACAGUGCAGCGCCCAGGGACCAACUCCAGUUCUAAGGCCAGUGCCUGGGUCAAGGGCAAUGGCAGGAGCAGACACAAGUUGACAUGCAUAUCUUUUGAGUGUGGGAGGACACGGCCCUAAAACAGCUCCACAUUUUCAGUGAGGAACCUGUACAGCAAAGCUGAACAUUCCUCAGGCCAGAGAGUCUGGUUAGGCUUCUACCACACUUUCAGUAUAUACAUAAAGUAUACCAUGUAACUCAGACCAGGGCGAACAGCCGAAAUGUCCUAAAGCGGACCAAUUUAUGAGGGUUUGGACCUGACAGGAAGAGGGAAAAGCUGAGGCUGCACUGAUGUUUCUUUCUACCUCCAAAAGAAUUUUAAUUACUGUAGAGCUAUUGCAUUGAUAACUGGGCAGAGACUCAAGGCACAUAUACUCACUAAUCCAGAAUGUAACUUACCAGAGUACAGUAGAGUUCCUGCCACGUGUAAGUACUGGGGUUGAUUAAUGAAGUAAUGAAGGGGGAGGUAUUUUGGCAUAUUGCAUCACCCACAUUAGAACACAAGAUUACAAGAUCCAGCAUGCAGUAAAGAGACUUAAGCACCCAGAAUGUUUAAAAUGUCAUGGGUAAAAUUGCUUACAACAAAGCCCAAUUUUGAAAUGGCACCUUUAAAUGAGAUGAAAGUUUCAAAAAAUGUAUAUUGGGGGGAAAAAUGGAAACGCUUGAGAGAACCCAGCAUGAAAACCAUGAUUUGCAAAGUAUCAGUUGGCCAUUUGUAAAUUAAUGUCUUACUGUAGAAAUGUGACAAGAAUUAUAAAACCGGAUGAAAAAUCUUUUUUUUUUCUGUAAGCGCUGAAUAAACGCUGUAAUUCUAA